UGGCAUAGCCUUGAAACUCGUUCCAGUGUGUGUAAUAAUAGUUUCGGUGUUGUAACUUGUUCCUCCUCGUCGUUAUCUUCUUUUCUUCUGUGUUCGGUUUUUCUCUCACCUCAAAAUGUCUUGCUGCGGUGGUAACUGUGGUUGCGGAAGUGGCUGCAAGUGCGGCAGUGGCUGCGGAGGCUGCAAGAUGUACCCAGACUUGAGCUACACUGAGCAAACAACCACUGAGAGCUUGGUGAUGGGAGUGGCAACAGUGAAGACUCAGAUGGAGGGUGCUGAAAUGGGUGUUGCAGCUGAGAAUGGAUGCAAGUGUGGUGACAACUGCACCUGCAAUCCCUGCAAUUGCAAGUGAGGGUUCAAAAGUCAAAGCUUCUAGUUAGCAGAGAUGUCCCUAAUUACCCCAUUAGAGGCAGGAAUUAUAAUAACUCCUAGUUAAGACUUAUAAGAACUUAAAAUUAUGUACGUUUGUGUUUGUUUUCGUGCACUCUGGUGUUGAAACACCCUUAGAAUAAAGUGGUCAUGUUGUGCCCUUGGACAUGUUCAAAUGUUCUGGACUUGUCAUGGGUUCUGUAUGAAGUUGGCUCAUUAGAAUUAUCAAUCUCUGCUUAUGAUAUUAUGUUACCAGAAGAAAGUGGCGUUUGUUUUAUGUGAUUUUCCUUUUAUGAAACUUAGACAUGGUGGUCACAAAUCCUAAAUAACAUUUAUGAUA